AUUGUUUCAAGCAGUAUAAAGUUGGUGAGAAAAAAUACGAUCAAUAUCUUACAUUCAGUAGCUCUGUUUCAUAUAUUUCAAAAAUACAUUUGCUCAAGUUUUAAACUAGUCUAGUAGUGGUUAAGGUUAGAAACAGAAGCGUCAGUUUUCUAAGCGGUUGGAAUGGACAAAAAGUGAUAGCCUUUUAACUAUUUCACAAAUCUGUAGUUUGAAAGCUUGCUACAAAAAUAUCCAGUACAAGGACAAGGUAGGACUUGACAAAAUUACUUCGCAAUGGUUCAACUGGAAAUAGUCUGGUUCUGUUUUGGAAUAAUGAUAUAUAUGGCAGUAUUUACACAUUCGGCCGAGAUUCCACCAGAUUUAGGACCUCCUGGGCCAUCAUUUGGAACAUGCGAGAAUACAGUGUGUCCGGAAAACUCGAAAUGUAUCGAUACUGGUGAUUUUGUUAGCUGUAUGUGUAGUCCUGGAAAAACAGGAGCAAACUGUACUCUUGAUGACCCCUGUUUGGAAAGAAAGAUAAAUUGUCCAAAGGGUAGCUUAUGUUUUGGUGACUGCGGUCCGAACACAAUCUGUGAAGGAGCGACAGGGAUAGCUCACUGUCGGGGUUGUGUGCCCGGCUGGACUGGUAUGCAAUGUGAAAUAGACGUCAAUGAAUGCGAAGAUGCUGUUAACCCAUGCUUAAACGACGGUACAUGCCAAAAUACAAAAGGAGAUUUUCAAUGCACAUGCAAAGAAGGGUGGACUGGAAAGAUCUGUGAUUGUAAACGAGGCUCUUCUUGUGACGUCGGAGAGAUCAAAACAGAGGAAUCCAAAGAUGGAAAAGGGUCCCAACUCGUUUGCAGUAUCAUCAUACCGUUUCUGUCUUUCUUUAUGUAUGCUAUGCUGACAGUUUAAAUCUAUUCAAGGCUUAGACAUAGGUGAUAUUUGUCUUUCAAGUGUUUGAUCGAAACGUCUUUCACCUAGUGAUGCAAUAUUUUCAUGCACAGUGCAGCCACUAUUGAAUAUUUAAAAUCUGGUGUUCACGAAUAAAAGAUCAGUCGAUUUCACAGAAAUGAUACACAAUUUUCACCUUAAUUUAAUGGUUCAAACCAAACUGAGCACAUGAACUCCACGCUCAACAAGCAACUUCAUGACGUCACUAUGUUUAGUUUGGAAAAAGUUAAAUAGUUCUUCGAGACUAAUAUAUUUCUUUUACAUCUUGAUAAGAUUGGUCAUAGAUAUUAUGGUUCGUGUAAGUACUUAUGUACGUGUAUAUCUUUGUUCAUCGAUUAAGUGUAAUUCUGAACCAAUGAAUUUCUGACUUUUUGACUGUUGUCGAUGUCUGAAACAAUGAUUAGUACCCCCAUAACAAAAUCAUGCACAUGUAUCUAGGGUUAAAGGGGGUAAACUGGGGAAUGGGUGACUACAUGCAAGAAGUUUGAUAUGACUUCACUUGAAACAUUGAAGGUAGUUCCCGCCACGAACUUUCAUGCACUUACAAUUUCAACAGUUUAGUGGUACAUAUCUUUAACACUUUAACAACUAAUUGGGUUUCCAGAGGAGGUUCAUUCCGUAACUGCCGGUCAUAUUCCAUUUGUUGGAUCUUUUUAGGUGCUUGGAAAACCAAUAUCAACCUGAUAAUAAAAAUAGAUCAAAGUAGGUGCUUGGAAAACCUUCGAGCCUUCGGCUCGGUGAAUAUAACUCUUUUCGGGUUGAUAAAUCCUGAUAUCAACCUAUGAAAAAGUCAAUAAUUGUAUAAAGAGGUAUGUGGUAUAAAAUUGUCUGGAAAAUUGAUGAAUGCUUCAGUAUUUUAAAGAUUUAAUGCGAUUUUAUUUUUAAAUUUGUAGGAAAAAAGAAAUAAAAAUUUAAUGAAAUAUUUUAUCAUAUUAAAGGGAAACAAUAAUAAACAAAUGAAAUGCAUGACUUUGGGAGACAACAUUUAUAUGGUACUAAUGAAACUUGUUUUAACCAUUGCUUUAAUCAUUCACAUGUAAAAGUAGAUAUGUAUAGAGCUGCACUGCAUGUCAACAUAAAGUGAUGCUGUAUUAACCUAUAUAUUCAAUAAAGUUGUAACUUA